AUUUAUUGUGGAGUCGGUAUCCUGCAAUGUCUCAGGAUUUUCAUUAAUUAUGGAGUUCAGUGAAUAUGAGUUAGCAGACAACCCUCGCUACAGUUUACAGGAAGAGGAGGAGGAGGAAGAUGAACGGGAAUGGUGUUGUGCAGUUGACUACGUUGACAGCAGCCCUGUGUCUCCUGCUCCUGUUGCUGCAGCAAGCAGUGACUUGACAGGUAAUAGCCAUAAAGAUUCAAUCCAAGACACCUCUGACCCAGGAUACAGAGUGAUUGUGCACAUUGAUCUGGAUUGCUUCUAUGCUCAGGUGGAAAUGCUCCGAAACCCUGAAUUUAAAGGCAAGCCUUUAGCUGUUCAUCAGAAACAUAUGGUGGUCACUUGUAAUUAUGAAGCCAGGAAAUGUGGGGUUAGUAAAGUAAUGUCAGUCUUUGAAGCCUUAGAAAUAUGUCCAGAAAUGGUUCUUAUCUGUGGAGAAGAUUUGACAGACUACAGAGAAAUUUCAUACAAAAUCACAGAAUUACUGGAGGAGUUCACUCCGUUUGUCGAAAGACUGUGCCUUGAUGAGAAUUUUAUCGAUAUAAGUCAACUGGUGGAGAAGAGACUACAGCGAAUAGGAACUGGUGGUGUCAUCCCGGCAAACGUGUUUGUCUCUGGUCAUGUGUAUGGUAACCAAACAUUAAACAUUGCUGAUGCAAGACAUGUCCGGCUGGCUCUCGGAUCCCAAAUUGCAGCAGAAAUGCGAGCAGUAAUAUUCAACGGGGUGAACCUUACAGGAUCUGCAGGAAUUGCACCCAAUAAAUUAUUGGCCAAACUGGUGUCAGGGGCAUUCAAACCAGACCAACAAACAACAUUGCUUCCAGAAAGCAUUCAAGACUGCAUGGAAAGCCUAACGCAUCCCAGACAAGUGCCUGGAAUUGGUCCAAAAACUGCCAAGCGACUUGGGUAUCUCGGAAUUAAUAGUAUUCAUGGGCUACAGACAUUCCCUUUAGAUCAGCUAGAGAAGGACCUGGGAGUGUGCACAGCUCAACGAAUCCACAGGCUCAGCUUUGGCGAGGAUGACUCCUGUGUGGUUGCGAGAGGACCACCCCAGUCCCUCAGUGAUGAAGAUACCUUCAGUAUGUGCUCCUCAUUAGAUGAAAUUAGAAUGAGAAUUGAAGAGCUGCUGAUCAGUCUUCUAAUCAGGUUGCAUAAAGAUGGACGUGUACCACGGACCAUUCGGCUUACAAUUAGACGAACUACAGCUUCCAACAAAUGGUUUAAUCGGGAGAGUCGACAGUGUCCUAUUCCAAAUCAGCUAAUGCAGAAAAUUAACACAGGUCCCUGUGACACAGUGAUUCCACUGGUUGAAAUCCUAAUGAAGCUGUUUCAAAAGAUGGUGGAUACAAGAUCUCAGUUUUAUGUCAGCCUUCUCAGCGUGUGCUUUGCCAAGCUUGUUCAGCCCACUUUGGCUUCACCCAUCAAGGGAUCAAUCGGGUUCUAUUUGACCCAGAAAUCCCCAGGAAAAUCAGACUUGAGCCCAAAUGGGAAAGCACGUAGACAACUACUCAGACAGUGGAGAGGAUCUGAUGAUGCUGAUCCAGGUGAAAAUACUGCAGGUCCCUUGCAAGGGAUGGAAAGUUACCAAGAGUCUCUCUGGGGAAUAUCAGACCAUGUUAACCCAAACCUGACGUGCUCAGAUUCUAACCUACCACCUGGAAUUGACGUUGAUGUAUUUAAAGAACUCCCAGCUAAUAUUCAGAAGGAAAUUAUUGCAGAUGCCAGCUCUUCAAAAGGCCAGCUGAAAUGCGACAGUAAGAAAGAACAGUUUACAGAGAAAGAGCUGAAAAAAGGCACCUUCCUGUUCAGGUCCCUAACAGAAGAACAAAGGAAACUUCUGGUACCACCAGACAUUGACUGUCGUCCAAUCACUUCUAGCUCAGAUCCUCCUUGUUUAAACGUUCCCAGCAAUCUACCACAUGAUCCUGAUCCUCAACCAGAGCAGAGUGCUGUUACUGACAAUGCAGCCUCUGUGCAAGACUGCCAACCCUCUGGUAAAAUCUUGGAAUUGGGUGAUGUGGAAUGUGAGAGGCUUACCCUUCCAAACUCAGGACCCAUACCCUCAAAUGUGGAUCCAAACGUGUUUUCCGAAUUGCCUGCUGAGCUUCAGAACGAACUGCUGACCGACUGGAAACAACGCAAGAUAGUGCCUAAGAAAAACACUGCUAAACUGGCCAGUAAAGUAAAAACCAAUGCAGGAACCAAUGCUAAAUCCCCCAAAAAGGUUACCAAGUCCAACAGUAUCCUGAAGUAUUUUAACAAGAAUUAGCACUCCAGCAUUACUGAAAGUUGACGCCUGACACCACAAUCAGGAUUAAAUUCUAAUAAAACUGAAAGAGUCAGGAAUGACAGCACUGGUGCUGGAAAUUCAGGCAAACCACAAGAACUACUGAUGUGGUGAAAGGGAAUUCCCAUCUGCGUGCAACAGGGUGAAUUCUUCUGAUGUUUGAUGCAAGGGAUUUUAGUUUGAAGAGUAAGGGGAUUUUCUUUUCCCUUUGUGUGAGUGAUACCCAACCCUGGAAUACUUGAUACAGAUGCGAUGUUUCAAAAGUGAUGGAGUGUUCAAAACUGAGUUACAUAAGUAUUUCCUUUUCUUUUUGUUGUGUGAUUUUUGUCCUUUUCCCACAUAGUCUCACCUCAUCACUCACCGCAUUCCCAUAGAGAGGACAGAGAAGCAGCUAGUCUCAAUUAUUAACAAUGCUACUGAAGUUUGAGCUCACCCGAACCCUGACCACAUGCUUUGGAAUGCUUUCCUACUAGUUCAAAGGGAUAGAAAAUGUUUCCUGACACAAUGCAAGCACUCCCCAAUUCAAGAUUGUAUUCUUAAAGUCUGGGAGUAAGUGACUUCUAAAAGGAGCAGUUGAAGAACGUGUUUGUUGUAUGAGAAAGUUCAGGACUUUCAUCUCAAAAAACAAAGUUGAUUCAUUAUGCACUUGACUGCACUCAUAACAUAAAGGUGGAAUAGCAUGACUGAAUCAAAUGGUUUUAAAAUCAGUGUUACCAGGCAUGUGUUAAGUUAAACUUUUGAUGCCUUUCACAUAAAAACGUUUGAUCUGUACCAGAGCGUGCAGUUUGCAUUCGUGUUGUU